CUGCUUAUUUUGAUAUGAUCGGUAACCUUUCACCCAUUUUACAAAAAGGGAUUGGCGGGGGGUGGUCCAUGAACUAGACAGUUACAGAGCAGAUGGUUCAAGAGAAAAAUAAUAGGAAAAAAAUACUUGCUUCAAAAUCACCCCUCGAACACUUGAGCCAUCACUGGAUUCCUUGUUGGAAUGUGUCUCCAAGCUCUGCCGUCGUCCCUGUUGGGAAGAGGGCAUGAGACUAUGCCCAUGGCUCACCACAGCUGGUGACCCUUGCGGUCACUGCUUCAUUGUCUUGUUCUCCUGAAGAGCAUCCACGUGUCACCCAAAAAUCAGUUUGAGGCUGGAGUUACCACGAUAGGAUAUGUUCCUUCACGCUAAAGGCCGGUCAGUUCCAGCUAAAAAGGAUCCGAUCAGUUCACCCUGUGACUCCAGGGUGGGGCUUGGCACAGAGGCAACGAAUGACAAAUAUUUGUGGACUCGAAAUGAAAAAGUUACUUGGUAGCCAUGAAACUGCAAAAUACAGGAAGGGCCCUCUCCGAAAGUUCAUGUAAGGGGGAAAGAGGAGGAUUCUUCUACUUACGGGGUAUGCAUUGCCAUCCAGCCUAGAAUGGGUCGGGGGAGGGGGGCGGUAUGUAGAAAAGGCCAGUUGUUCUCCUGCCCUCUUUGUGAAAUUCUGACCCACAGGCUGAGAAGAGGUCAGCAUUAGGUCUCAGACUGCUGACCACCUGUUACAUUCUCUUACUGCUCCUUUGCCUUUGAUUUUGGCAGCUUCCUCUCUAGGAGCAGGCGCGGAUGGUUUGGAAAGAGAAAUUGGAUCGAUGGCAUAUCUUCUUCUUGCAUAUCAAAGAGACCCUCCUGGCAGGCCACCUCCAGUGCUCCCCAGAGCAGGCAGUGGAACUCAGUGCCCUCCUGGCCCAGACCAAGUUUGGAGACUACAAUCAGAACACGGCCAAGUACAACUACGAGGAGCUGUGUGCAAAGGAGCUCUCCAGCGCCACCUUGAACAGCAGCAUUGUUGCAAAGCAUAAAGAGUUGGAGGGGACCAGCCAGGCCUCGGCCGAAUACCAGGUGUUGCAGACUGUGUCGGCAAUGGAAAACUAUGGCAUAGAGUGGCAUUCCGUGAGGGACAGCGAGGGGCAGAAACUCCUCAUUGGGGUUGGACCUGAAGGAAUCUCAAUUUGCAAAGACGACUUCUGCCCAAUUAAUAGGAUCGCUUACCCUGUGGUGCAGAUGGCCACCCAGUCGGGAAAGAACGUGUACUUGACCGUCACCAAGGAGUCUGGGAACAGCGUCGUGCUCUUGUUCAAGAUGAUCAGCACCAGGGCAGCCAGCGGGCUCUACCGAGCAAUAACGGAGACCCACGCUUUCUACAGGUGUGACACGGUGACCAGUGCCGUCAUGAUGCAGUACAGCCGAGACCUGAAGGGCCACUUGGCCUCUCUGUUUCUGAAUGAAAACAUUAACCUUGGCAAGAAGUAUGUCUUCGAUAUUAAAAGAACGUCAAAGGAGGUCUACGACCACGCCAGGAGGGCUCUGUACAAUGCUGGUGUUGUGGACCUCGUCACGAGAAGCGAGCACAGCCCUCCAAACUCCCCGCUGAAGUCCUCAGAGAGCAGCAUGAACUGCGCCAGCUGUGAGGGCCUCAGCUGCCAGCAGACCAGGGCGCUCCAGGAGAAGCUGCGCAAGCUGAAGGAGGCCAUGCUGUGCAUGGUGUGCUGUGAGGAGGAGAUCAACUCGGCCUUCUGCCCUUGCGGCCACACCGUGUGCUGUGAGGGCUGUGCCACCCAGCUGCAGUCGUGUCCAGUCUGCAGGUCGACGGUGGAGCACGUGCAGCACGUCUAUCUGCCGACCCACACCAGUCUGCUCAACCUGACCGUGAUCUGACGUGCGGUGCACCUAACGGGACGUGCCACGUUUCCACGGACUGCGCUACCACUAAACUGUACAAAUGAUAGAUCGUGGAGAACAUAAAUACUCCGACACCCAUCUGCCAUGCAACAUUUAAAAAAAAAGAAAAGGAAGAAUAAAAAGAAUACUCCUCCCCACCAAAACAUACCACGCGUAGAAUCCGCACCUGCAGUGGUGGGGGCCGGGAAGAGUUCUGGGCCACGGACACGGUCGUUGGAUUUACUCUUCUUGUGAUCAAGUUAAAGGAAUAUGUGAAAUCUGUGAUGUCAGUUAAGCGGCUGCAGAGCCAAAACGUGGGUACCUUUUUAGGAAAGGAUAUCGUUAAGUCUCCUGAUGUAUCCCGAGGUGUAAGUUUCCUACUUGGCAGCAAAUUUUGUAAGAAUUCAUUUCAAGAAUUUACUUGGUUCUUUUUGUACGGUCAUGGAGCUCUGAACAUUUUAAUAGGAAAUUUUUCUUAAAGAAACAGUCAUUUUAAUGUCAUUUCUGUUUUUAUUACUUGCUCAAGAAUGAUUGGAAGGCGAACAGAUGUAGAGAUCAAUUCUGUGACUUUUAAAAAGUUGACAACCAGGCUGUCAGAUGUAAACCAGCCUGGCUUGUGAAACAGAGAACUCAGUACGCACGGCUUCCUUUCCCCCGUCCCUGCCCCCUUCCCUCCCCCAAGUCUUUCGAUUAUAAAAUGCUACCAGUCUGGUUAUAAGAUUUCUGUGGAGUAGUCCGCACUCCUUGGGCUCUUUGAGUUGGUGGGAUAUUUUUAUUUAAGUUGAAAAGGGACUGCACGUUCUUGGGGGAGCAGAGCAUUGCUCGCGGAGAUGAAGCUUCACGGUGUACCAACCAGAGGGCUCUCCGCUUUUCCCAAAAAUUCCACUCCAGCUUCAGCCACUGGGGUCGCUUUUGCUCGAGCCAUCAAGCCUUUUUAUAGCCUUAUUGUAGGUAUCUUAGAUUAUUGUAUGCUUUUUUUUUUUUUGUAGUAAAUGCUUAAGUAUUAACUCUCGGUUGUCUCCUCCCUAGGUCUUUGAGGGGUUUCGAGUUUCUUUGUUUCUAUAUUCUUAAUCAUGUUUUCCACUCCCACUUGGGCAUUUUGGACGCUGGUCAGCUUGUGGGUUUUCUAGGACGUCGGAACACCUAGAUGACCUUAUUGGGUGCAAUACUAGCUAAGUGAAAGCUAGAAACCUACACUGUCACUUUACUGAGAUUUCCGAGUAUACUUUUCAUAUUGCCUUAAUGUAGCAGUAAUGUGUUUAUGCAUUUGUUUCUUUGCACAGACAUUUUGUCAAAUAUUAAAACUCUACUUUUUUAUGGCACAUAUUAGCAUAUAAGCCUUUAUUCCAAGAGGUAUUUAUUUUUUCACUUGUAAAAAAAAAAUAAUGUUUCCACAUAAAGAACUCUGUUCUAUCCUAAAGGACUUCUGUCUUUUGUAUUCAGGAUAAUAAAGACUUUAAAGCAAA